AGACCUUCUUGUGUUGUAAGGCCAGCAAGAGAGCAAGGGUUGAACUACUCUGAGCUCUUAAAUCUGUGAAGGAGAUCAACUUCACCCAACUUUAUAAACUCACCCUCAGAACAAACCAACAAAGACCUGGGCUGUUCUGUCAGUCCAGAGUUGUGUGGUGUCCACUUGCCUGGUCUACACCUCAUCCAGUCUCACCAGGGGAGUGAUUACAGGUGAAGAUGAACACCUGGAAUUCUCUUGGUGGAAUUCUCUUCUUGUCCUUCCUUGGCUUCCUCCCACUUGUGAUACCCACAUGCCCUGUGCCAUGCAAGUGUGCUGCCAACAUUAUUGACUGCACAUCCAAAGACCUAACCAUAGCACACCUCCCAGCUGCUUUCCGCCCUUCAGCAGAAAUUAUCCACCUUGGUUACAACAGGCUCACCUCAAUUCCCAAUGGUCUCUUUGACAACCUACAGAGCCUCCAGGUAGUCUACCUGCAGGGAAACCCUUGGGAAUGCACCUGUGAUAUCCUCUACUUGCGCUCUUGGCUCCAGUGGCAGCAGAACCGGACCUUGUACAGGGAUGUGAGAUGCACCUCCCCAGCUCACUUGCAGGACCGGAUCAUUGCCUAUCUGACAGAAGAUGAAAUCAUCUCCACAUGCCAGUACUGGUACUGCAGCCUGGCUCUCCUUUCCCAGAUCUGUCUCUUCAUCCUCCUUUUCCUUCAGGUUAUCUUGGUUGUCUUCAUCAUUGUCUACCUGCAGAAAUUUCGGAGAAUGACUGCUGAAGCCCGGAGCACCACCCGAGAUCUGCACCAGCAUCUCGACACCUGGGAAUCUUCUUCAAGAAGCCCCUACAACAAUGAUUAACAUGAUGAGACUGAAUAUUCUUCUCUCCCCUGGGUGAUGCUGUGCCAAGGUUUUGUGAUAUCCAGAGGGGACAAUUGAGAGCAGGAUCUCAUCCUGACUGCUGUCCAAAGCAAGACUUGAACUAAUCAGACACUUGCUGUUUUUCCAAAGACUUGAUCUUGUGUUUUUUAUUGCUUUAAACUGUUCAGCGUGAUCUUGAUUGCUUUGCUGAGCUGGGAGUGGUUCUAGUUUGGUAGACUAAGGAAAUCAUUAAACAGCAGCCAGAACUGGGGGAGCAAGUGUUUAGAAGCCUACCCAUUUUACCCUAUUUUCAUUCCUUUUAAGCUACUUAGGGUUUUAAUACUGACCUCAAACUUGUACUGAGUCAGACUGGGGCCCUGGCUGUUUAUGAGAAAUUAACAAUGAAGCCGAGACUUGUCAAGAGCAGAGGCUCUCUCUGACUGUGCUUGUGUGGCCCCUGGCGCAAGAGACCUGGUUAUCUUUAGUUAUCUUUGAAGCCUCAAACUGCAAAAUCCACUUACAUGCCUUCUCCUGGUUAUGA